GGUGAGUGCUCCCAGAGGUGCUAUAACAUCUUUGUUCUGGAGACGGUGUGCGUGGCCUGGUUCUCCCUGGAGUUCCUGCUGCGCUUCAUACAGACUCAGAGCAAGUGUAUGUUCCUGCGCACACCUCUCAAUGUCAUCGACGUGGUGGCCAUCCUUCCCUACUACAUAACCCUCAUAGUGGACUCUCUGUCGGUGGGAGGGAAGUCUACGGGCUCAGGGAACAACUACCUGGAGAAGGUGGGUUUAGUCCUCCGAGUCCUCCGAGCUCUGCGGAUCUUUUACGUCAUGAGGUUGGCCCGUCACUCCUUAGGCUUGCAGACACUUGGUCUGACGGUGAGGAGGUGUACGCGUGAGUUUGGCCUGUUGCUGCUGUUCCUGUGUGUGGCCAUGGCUCUCUUCUCACCACUGGUGUUCCUAGCUGAGAGUGAAAUGGGAGCCAAGCAGGAGUUCACCAGCAUCCCUGGUAGCUACUGGUGGGCAGUCAUCUCCAUGACCACAGUCGGCUACGGGGACAUGGUGCCCAGAAGCAUCCCAGGCCAGGUGGUGGCGCUCAGCAGCAUCCUGAGCGGCAUCCUCCUCAUGGCCUUCCCCGUCACAUCCAUCUUUCACACCUUCUCUCGCUCCUACGUAGAGCUGAAGGAGGAGCAGAACCGGGCACUGAGGCAGAAGCCGGACUCGCAGGACAGCACCAAGUCGCAGAACAGCGAGGACUCUCAGGAGACGGACAGCUACCACGGCAUCACAGAGGCCGCUGCGUCGGCAGCGCAACGGAGAAAGUCCAUGGCUGCUCAGAGAGCUGCUGAGAUUAGAGCGUCCAUGAAAACUUAGCUGCUCUGUCUGCUUGUCUGUAUUCGAGAGGCAGCCUGGAAGGCCGUGACACCGCACACUGGGACUUCAAAGAUGACAAGCUGCAGGACUGUGAACAGGGAGGAGAUUUUCUUUUCUGGAGCUCGAGGUCUCUGCUUUGAUUGUGUGCUGGUGCACCAGAGUGUAUCUGAGUCUCACAAGUUUUACAGAGGAGCUGCAGAGUUACUUUUUUUUCCCACAAAUUUGACUUUAAAAUAUGGGUAACAAUACAAUAUUCAUGUUUAAAUAGCUCAAGUCAAAUGAGAUUAAAAAACUGCGACUGCGAUUCAGAUCAGUCUGAAAACAUCACACGUUUCUAUUCAGAUCUGCGGAUGUGAAGUCAUGUUUCUCAUUAAGCUGCACUUGAAUGGAUUGUCUGAAAUAAACCUGUUUACUAAGAUGUCAAACAUUAAUAUUAAGGACAAAUAUCCUUUUCAUUCACUCUCUGUUGUGUUUCGCCAGACCAAACAACUUCUGUAGGUGGAGUCAUGUUAUGUAAGUGUCAUGUGUGUACAUGAUGAUGUCAGUGCAUUUAUUUGCAAUGAAGCUUUUUCAUCUCAAUAUCAUGGUAGGAAAUGUAUUUAUCUGUCAAAGGGCUUUACAGUCUGCUGGGAAAUGUAGUCUUUUUUUAAAUGCCAAAUGACAAGAGGAUUGGUCCCACAACAGUGUCUCUAAAAAUAAAGCUGAAGCCAAAACUAGCUUAGCUUAGCAUAAAUACUGGAAAUGUGAGUAAACAGCCAGCCUCACUCGAUCAUGAUAUCUAAAACUAACUACUGAACACUUUAAAGGUUGAAUACGCAAUAUUUUAAAUGUUACUGUAGCAUUAAUAUAACUGCAAACAGCUGUUAUAUAAAGAUAUAUAAGAUAGAAUAAUGUAGAGGAAGACGUCCCACUUCGCCUGUUUGUGUUGUAAUUCAAACUUCUCUGUUCUGUGUGCAGCAGGUCCAGCAGCAUAUUAGUGCAUGUUGGUCACUCCUUUUGAAACUGCUGGUCCACCCAGUGCUUAUAAACGGACUGAGAAUGUGUCUGCUUCUGGUGUGACCUUCCACAUCACCUUGUUCUGGUCCAGUUUCCGUCAGACUGGAGCGGGUCCAAAGAUCAUACAUGCAGAGAAGGAAAGACAGGUGACAAGAAGAGAACUUUAUUAGUGUUGACAAGAAACAUCCAAUGUGUUUACAGUGCAAGCCUGGGCUAGCUGUGGUCGACAUGCACCUUUGAAUUAUUCUGAUAUUCAUGUGCUCUAAUGUCAUCGAAUGCUUCUCAAAGGUUGCACAUAGAACCUUAAAAUCUCCUUUAAUCUGGACACCAUUGGCAAGUUAAUGAUGUGGUCAGUAGGUCACCCCACAAUUUCAUUUUUACACUUUGGUAUAAGAACAGGUUAAACUAAUAAACUAUAAUGUGUAAAUCAGUGAGCUUUACAGGUGCUGGUAGGAGUAGGUUUUUCUUCUUUCUUUUUAAUUAUAUAUAGAACUUUUAGAAUGAAUCAGCCAAGCUGUUUCCCCCCGCUAUGGGUCUUUAUGCUAAAAUAAGCACACUACCUAGCAUCUUUAAAAUCACAAAGUCACAACAUGACAAUAAACCAUUCAGAGCUACUUUUGAGCAAGAAAACUUUAUUCCUGAGUUUGGUAACAGUGAAGAAAAUCAAAUCUCAAGUUUCUUUUUUUUUUUUUUUUGGUAAUUUUCAGUCUCAAUAAUGUAUUUUGGUUAAUGAGUUUUGGCUCAUUUGGCAUCGCUUGACCUUUAUAAAAGCAAUAAAGCCAACUAAAGGGAACAGUUGAAAGCCCUCCAAAAAAAACCCACUGAGUUAUGA